AUGCCUGCUGUGGAAGGGGCCGGACGCAAUCCUUUCGUCAGGUUCCUGCUGCACUUCAAGAGGAACAACAAGGAAAAACUCUGCAACAUGCGGCCGACUCAGGUAUUGCGGUUCGCCAGCAAGAAGUGGAAGCAAAUGAGCUGUGAGGAGAAGUCGCCCUACGUCCAGGCGGCCCAUAAAUCAAAGUACAGGUUUUGGUCGCGGAACAAGGAGGCCAAUAGGAUUAUGGAGAAGUUUCGCCAAACUGUGGGCUGUGCGAACCCUCGGACAAAAAACGUCUUCAAGGUGAUGGUUGAUCUCGACUCCUGGCGGCAAAGCGUCCUGGAUGACCUGCUUGGGGAUGAUGAGUAG